UGGUUUUGUGUGUGCGCUUUACACAGAUUCAGUACGCAUUUCAACACGCUAUCAGUACUGUUACUUGCAGUUAGUGUUCAAUCGAUUCAUCCACCCCCCGAGAUAACAAACCAAUUGGUUAACAGUAUGGCAGAGAACACCGUCAGCUCACAAUUUGUUCAACAGUCGAAUAAAUUCGCAAUCAGCCUCUAUCAAUUGGUAAGUGCGGCGAAUCCCGAAGGAAAUGUCGUUAUUUCGCCGUUCUCGAUUGGAGCGUGUCUCUCGUUGGCCGCAAUGGGCGCAGGAGGACCUACGGCUGAUGAAAUGUUCUCCGCCCUACAAUUCGAUUCAUCUAAAGAACGACAAACGGUGGCAGAUAACUUCCGUGCCCUUACUAGUCGCCUAAUGUCCGAUAACACGCUUACCGUGGCCAACAAAAUCUACGUUAUGAAAAAUUACGCCGUCAAAGGAUCGUUCAAUGCGGUCGCCUCCGAAAGCUUCCGUUCGGAGGCGGAAGAAGUCGACUUCGGUCAGAACGUGGCGGCCGCGAAAACUAUUAACGGCUGGGUGGAGCAAAAAACGCAAAAUAAAAUCAAAGACCUCAUUUCUCCGGACGCGUUAGACGAGCUGUCGCGUAUUGUGCUGGUGAAUGCGGUGCAUUUCAAGGGUACUUGGACGUACCAGUUCGACGCGAGCCUAACGCGUCCGUUCCCGUUUUGGCUGAACGAAACCGAGUCGCGCGAUGUUCCGAUGAUGAACAUCAAGAAGCAUUUCGCGUACAACAAUUUCGAAGAGGAUGGCUUCUCGGCCUUGGAGCUGACGUACAGUGGAAGUGAUAUGACGAUGUUGAUAUUGCUACCCAAUGAGCGCACGGGGCUUGCAGCACUGGAGGCGAAAUUGCCCAACCUCAACCUUUCCGAACUGACCACAAAAAUGCAUAAGCAGGAAGUCGAAGUAUUCUUGCCCAAGUUCAAAAUUGAUUUCUCUCGUGAACUGAACGAAGAUUUGAAGAAACUCGGAAUGGAGAGGAUGUUCAGUGACGCAGCCGAAUUUCCCGAUCUGUUGGAGCAAAACGAACCACUGAAGGUUUCUAAAGUAGUUCACAAGGCAUUCAUCGAAGUAAAUGAGGAAGGCACCGAAGCAGCCGCUGCGACUGGCAUGAUCAUGAUGAUGCGCUGCAUGCCGAUGCAUCCGUACUUCACGGUUGACCAUCCGUUCCUUUACAUGCUGAGACACCAGCACCAUGUCUACUUUAUCGGGCGCAUGAUGAAGAUGGAAAACUAGAACAGCAUGUCGAAUUUUCUUCUGUACAACAGAUAGUAACAUGGGAUGAAUCUACAUGUGAGAAAUUUAGCAGUAUUAACUAAAAACUCGCAUGAAAAAAAUAAAUAAAGUGCGUUUUUAUGCACCUCAAUCUGUU